UGAAACUAACCUACCUCAUAAAUACGUCUAAAUUUGUGACGCAGCUGUGGACCUGGCAACCGCAUUUCCGGACGUAGACGCUCGAAAAAUGGCGGACGAAGUUGAACAGCAACAGACCACCAACACGGUGGAGGAGCCCCUGGAUCUGAUCAGACUGAGUUUGGAUGAGAGGAUUUAUGUCAAGAUGAGGAACGACAGGGAGCUGCGUGGCAGGCUGCAUGCUUACGACCAGCACCUGAACAUGAUCCUGGGCGAUGUGGAGGAGACUGUUACAACGGUGGAGAUUGAUGAGGAGACAUAUGAGGAACUCUACAAGUCAACCAAGAGGAAUAUUCCCAUGCUGUUUGUCAGAGGAGAUGGAGUGGUCCUCGUAGCCCCACCUCUUAGGGUGGGCUAACUCCAGUCCCUUGGUAGUCCUGUCAUGAAAAGCUGAACUGGUGGUGGAUCAAACACACUGACAAGACAGACCCUAAUCCCCCCAGGUCGGACUGAUGACACCAUCCUCUUCCUCAUUCAGCUCGGAAGGCAGAAACCUGUCCGGUUGUCAGCUUCGCGGGGCUGGAAGGAUAUGGGCUGUUUUCUGAGGGAGAGAAAAAAGGAAUUAUGUCAAAGGACUUUUGAUUAGAAUUGAGAAGACCAAUGUUUUGUUUUUACUGUUGUAUUUUACAAAUAGAUUUUUAGGUUGUUUGGGAUUGUGGAUCAUUUCAGCCUUUCAUUUGUUUUUCAUGGAAUUUAGAUUUUUGUCUCAAUACCGCAGUAACUAAAUCCCCACAAUUUCUGUAAAGACAGAAAAAAAAUGUGAGAUGUGGGAGGUAAAUUGUGUUCAGAUGUGUAACAGACGGUGAUUGUGUUGGUUUGGUUGAUGGACUUCAAUUAAAAUACCACAUUGAAAAACA